AACAGAUACUGAGGAGAGAGUAACACAAAGUGCGAGGGAGAGUAUCAGAAGAGAGUAUCAGAAGUUGUAGGAGAAAGUACCGGGGAGUAGGAGAGACUAACAGAGGAGGAGCGGCAGCGAGUGCAGAGAGCUGGUACCGGCAGCUCCUUAUUCAUCUGGCACUUUCAAGAUGGGAGAACUUGAGGAGUUACGUCAGGAGGCUGAAAACCUCAAGAAACAGAUCACGGAUGCCAGAAAACUAUGUGCGGAUACGACCCUGGAGGAGGUCACCGGCGGGAUGGAAGUCGUCAGUCGUAUACAGCUGCGCACAAGGCGAACGCUCCGGGGGCACUUGGCUAAAAUUUACGCCAUGCACUGGUCCACUGACUCCAGGCUCCUGGUCAGCGCCUCUCAGGACGGAAAGCUCAUUGUAUGGGACACGUAUACUACAAACAAGGUUCACGCCAUCCCUCUGCGCUCCUCGUGGGUGAUGACCUGCUCCUAUGCUCCCUCCGGUAACUUUGUGGCGUGUGGAGGACUGGAUAACAUGUGCUCCAUCUACAACCUGAAGACACGUGAAGGGAAUGUGAGAGUGAGCAGAGAGCUCGCCGCCCACACAGGUUAUCUCUCCUGCUGCCGAUUCCUGGAUGACAAUCAGAUCGUGACCAGCUCGGGUGACACCACUUGUGCUUUGUGGGACAUCGAAACGGGCCAGCAGAAGAUCGUGUUCACGGGUCACACCGGCGACUGCAUGAGUCUGGCCGUGUCUCCCGACUUCAACCUUUUCGUUUCCGGGGCAUGCGACGCCACCGCCAAACUGUGGGACGUCAGGGAGGGCGAGUGUAGACAGACGUUCACCGGACACGAGUCAGAUAUCAACGCCAUUUGCUUUUUCCCCAGCGGUCAGGCGGUGUGUACGGGUUCAGACGACGCCACGUGCCGGCUCUUUGAUCUGCGUGCGGAUCAGGAGCUCAGCGUCUACUCGCAGGACAGCAUCAUCUGUGGCAUCACCUCUGUGGCAUUUUCCCGUAGCGGUCGGCUUCUUCUGGCUGGUUACGACGACUUUAACUGCAACAUCUGGGACUGUCUGAAGGCCGAGCGUGUGGGUGUCCUCUCCGGCCACGAUAACCGCGUGAGCUGCCUCGGGGUCACGUCGGACGGGAUGGCCGUAGCCACAGGAUCUUGGGACAGUUUCCUGAAAAUCUGGAACUGAGUUUUUUGGCGAGGCAGACGUGGAACGCAGUGGAGGUCCCUGAGAAUAGAUGCAUUAUCCACCCCAGACCC